GCUUCCGCUGUCACAUGUUCCGCCCCACACUCUCACUUUCAAAGCUCUCUGAGACGGUCGCGCCAGCUGAUUCGGGGUUAUUUUUCGGAACGCGCUGCAGUCAGGUGACUUGGACAAAAUAAAAGAAAAACACAGCAAAAUGGGAACCGGCACGAAGAACUACAUUGCACCCGAGUGGCUGACGGUGGAGUUCCUGCAGGAUGUGCUCAAGGAGCACUUCAAGGAGGAAACGCUGACCGUUAGCGAGCUGCUGGUGAAGAGCGCCCAGGUGGGAGACACGGCGGCGGGCUUUGCCAGCGAAAUGCACCGGGCCACCUUCAAUCUGCAGCGAGGCGAGGCGGCCAAGAGCAAGUUCUCGGUGAUCAUCAAGGACCAUCCCAAGGGACAAACAGGAGCCGUGGCCCAGCGUAGCAAGCUCUUCAAGCGCGAGAUCCUCUCCUACAAGGAGGUGCUCCCAAGGGUGCAGGCGCUGCUGGAGUCCAUUGGCGACAAGAGCAAGAUUGCUCCCGCUUGUUACUACACAACGGAGUCCCCGGAACCGUUCCUUAUCCUGGAAGAUAUGCAGAUGAGCGGCUUUGAGAACUUCGAGCGGGGUCGCCUCCUGAACCUGGACUACGUUCUGCCCACCGUAGAGAAGAUAGCCAAGCUUCAUGCCUGCAGUGCCGUCAUAGCCAAGGAGAGUCCUGAGGUCUUGGAGUUCUUCGAUGAGGCGCCCAUUUCACGGAAUCCCGAUCGGCGGGACUUCCUCACCUACUUCCCCGUGAACAUUCGCUGCGUGGCGGAGGAGUUGGCCCACUGGAAGGGCUACGAGGAGAUCACCGAGAAGAUGUUCAUUCUGGCCGAGAAUGUGCUCCAGAGAGCUCUGGCCAUGUUUGACGAGAGCGACAAGGGUUUCCGUGUGUUCAACCUCACGGAUCUGUGGAUCAACAAUCUUCUGUUUCACAUCAACAACGAGACCAAGGAGCCCGAUGAUGUCGUGACUUUGGAUUACCAAUUGGCCUAUGUGGGAUCUCCGGCAAUAGACCUCAACUACUUCCUCUACGGCUCUCUCAAUGAGAAUGUGCGCAAGGUGCACUUCAAGUACAUUGUAAGGACGUACCAUCAGGUGCUGAAGCAGACCCUGGAGAAGCUCAAAUAUCAAGGAAACAUUCCCACACUCAAAGAUAUCCAUAUCGAUCUUAUCAACACUAGCCUGAUGGGUGUAAUUGGCGCCACUUGCCUUACGCCUCUGAUCUUCCGCGAGGGAGCUGGCUUUGAAAAUCUAGAAGACCUCAACUCCCGCACCGAGAGCGGCGACCAGUUCCGGCGGGAGAAUGUCGAGAAUCCCAAAUAUCGUGCCUUCUUGCAGCGCACCAUCAAGGAGUUUGAGCUCUCUGGAUUUUUGGACAAAUAAGAUGAUCCACAGAGGCAGCGA